AUGGUUCUGUUGAAAGUCUCGCCUUGGAAGGGUGUAGCAAGGUUCGGGAAACGUGGAAAGUUGAAUCCACAAUAUAUUGGUCCAUUAAAGAUUUUGGAGAAAAUUGGUACCGUUGCGUACAAGUUAGAGUUAUCGAAGGAACUAAAUGGUGUACAUGAUACGUUCCAUGUGUCAAACCUUAAAAAGAGUCCAACCCAGGAAACUGUUAUCAACCCUGCGGAUGAAGUUCAUAUUGACGACAAGCUCCGAUUCACAGAAGAACCUGUAGAAGUGAUGGACUGGAAGGUCCAGAAAACAAGGAGAAGUGGUAUAAAACUAGUUAAGGUACGUUGGAACUCUAAACACGGGCCCGAGUAUACUUGGGAAUGUGAGGACCAGUUCAAAGCCAAGUACCCCCACUUGUUCGAGGAAGCUCAUGUGAGAGAUAACUCAGCAUGA